GGAAGUGGACGAAUUUGAAUCUUGUGGGCCGUUGGAUGGGGCUGCUCGCGGUCGGCUUUGCGGCUCCGCGGAAGAAGGGAAAAGUGACACGACCAUUCUGGAACUUCUGCCCAACGCGCCUUGUAAAAUGAAUGAAAAUAAACCUGGUACCUCACAGAAUCUUGCUUGUGUUUUUUGUCGAAAAAAUGAUGACUGUCCUAAUAAAUACGGAGAAAAGAAAACUAAUGAGAAAUGGAAUCUCACUGUACAUUACUAUUGUUUGUUGAUGUCAAGUGGAAUUUGGCAGAGAGGUAAAGAAGAAGAAGGAGUUUAUGGUUUUCUAAUAGAAGACAUCAGGAAAGAAGUGAACAGGGCUUCUAAACUGAAAUGCUGUAUUUGCAAGAAAACUGGUGCUUCAAUUGGAUGUGUUGCACCCCGAUGUAAACGAAGUUAUCAUUUCCCAUGUGGACUUCAGAGAGAAUGUAUUUUCCAAUUUACUGGCAAUUUUGCGUCAUUUUGUUGGAAACAUCGACCUGUUCAAAUAAUUACAUCUAAUAAUUAUAGAGACUCCUUACCAUGUACCAUUUGCUUGGAAUUUAUCGAGCCUAUUCCAACUUACAGCAUAUUACGAAGUCCUUGUUGUAAGAAUGCUUGGUUUCAUAGAGACUGUUUACAGGUUCAAGCAAUAAAUGCAGGAGUGUUUUUCUUUAGAUGCACAAUAUGCAAUAAUAGUGAUAUAUUUCAGAAAGAGAUGCUGAGAAUGGGAAUUCAUAUUCCUGAAAAAGAUGCAUCUUGGGAAUUAGAGGAAAAUGCUUAUCAAGAACUUCUGCAGCACUAUGAGCAUUGUGAUGUCCGAAGAUGUCGUUGCAAAGAAGGGCGAGACUAUAAUGCACCUGAUAGCAAAUGGGAAAUAAAGCGCUGUCAGUGUUGUGGUUCUAGUGGAACACAUUUAGCUUGUUCCUCAUUACGAUCAUGGGAACAAAAUUGGGAGUGUUUGGAAUGUAGAGGUAUUCUCUACAAUUCAGAGGAUUUCCAAAAAGCCAAAAAACAUACAUUACCCAACACUAACAGUGUGGGAAUAACUGAUUGUUUGUUGGAAGAAUCAUCACCUAAAUUACCCAGACAGUCACCUGGAGCCCAGCAUAAAGAUCUACUGAGGCAAGGCAGUAAAUUUAGAAGAGACGUUUCAACAAUAAUGAUGGAAUUGGGAUUUCAAAUUAAAAAAAAAACUAAAAGAUUAUGGAUUAAUAAAGCCAAUAUCUGGAAUAGUGCCUUAGAUGGAUUCAGAAAUCAAAACUUUAAUCCUUCAUACACAAUUGAAGUAGCAUAUAUCAAUGAAAAUGAUAAUUUUGGAAGAGAGCAUCCUGGAUCAAAGCAAGAAUUCCUAAGUCUCUUAAUGCAGCAUCUUGAGAAUUCACCAAUAUUUGAAGGGUCCUUGUCAAAGAAUUUGUCUCUAAAUUCUCAAGCUCUGAAGGAGAAUCUUUACUAUGAAGCUGGCAAAAUCCUUGCCAUUUCUUUGGUUCAUGGUGGUCCUUCACCUGGUUUCUUUUCUAAAACCUUGUUUAACUGCCUUGUUUAUGGACCAGAAAAUACCCAACCAAUUUUAGAUGAUGUUUCAGACUUUGACGUGGCACAAAUUAUAAUCAGGGUAAAUACUGCAACAAAUGUGGCUGACUUAAACUCAGUAGUAAAUGAAUGCUAUAACUACCUAGAGCUUAUUGGAUGUCUAAGACUUAUAACUUCAUUAAGUGAUAAAUAUAUGUUGGCAAAAGACAUACUAGUUUACCAUGUAAUUAAGAGAGUCCAAGCACCCUUUGAAAGUUUUAAGCAGGGUCUGAAAACUCUUGGUGUUUUGGAAAAAAUUCAGACUUACCCGGAAGCCUUUUAUAGCAUCUUCUGUCAUAAACCUGAGAAUCUUUCUGCAAAAAUUCUUAGUGAUCUUUUUACAGUAUGCACAUUAUCUGAUGUACAGGCUUUGGGAUUUUGGAACAGUUAUUUACAGGCUGUUGAGGAUGGUAAAUCUGCAAUAACAAUGGAAGACAUUCUUAUUUUUGCAACUGGUUGCAGUUCCAUUCCACCUGCGGGAUUUAAACCCACUCCUUCAAUUGAGUGCCUUCAUAUGGAUUUUCCUGUUGGAAACAAGUGUAAUAACUGUUUAGCUCUUCCAAUCACCAAUACAUAUCAAGAAUUUCAAGAAAAUAUGGACUUUGCCAUAAGAAACACUCUAAGACUAGAAAAGGAAGAAAGUUCUCACUACAUUGGACAUUAAAAUGUUUUGAACAAAGAAAUGCUUCUUUACAAGCUGCUAUUGAUACUUUUUGUUUCAGAAAUCUGUCCAUUUGAACAAACUUGUCAGCUUUUUGGCCCAAUAAAGUUUAUAUGAACAUAAAGGAAUGUUUUGGCCACUUAAGCUAAAAAAAUUUUUUGUUAACGUGUACCAGUCAAAAUGAUGAUACUUUUCUAUUUUCUUAAUAUACACGUGUCAUAAACUUUAAUAUAAAUAGUUUUAAAACAGCUGUACAGACUUUUUUCAAGUAUAAUAGCAUGGUAUAUAUAUUCACUGUUUCUGCAAAUUAGCAUUAGCUCUAGGAUGCCACCAUGAUUUUUCUAGUUUUAUAUAAUUUUCAAAUUAUUUUAUUUUAAAGCAUUAAAUAGAAAAGCAAAUUGAUAAAUCCUGUUAUAUAAAUCAAAGGCAUAUAUUCUGGGGUAUGUGUUAUAAGUAUUUUUUCUAGGAUGGCUCUAAAUUGGAUAAAAAUGUUUUUAGAUUACUGUUUUAUGUUGAAACAGACCCACACUGCAAUUAGAUUAUGCCUAAUGGGAAGUAUUAUAUGAAAAAGCAGAAUUGCACAAAUAUUCUAGAACCUAUGGACAUUCCAUAGUCUUAAGAACACUUCUGAGGUGGAUAAAGUAUAGUUGAAAAUAUCUUAAAAAGUGUUUAAAGGCUUGGCUUUAAUCAUAGGAUUUUCUUUUUUUCUCUGUAUCCCAUGUGUGGUAUUAAGCCACAUUAUGUCUGAUCCAGAAUCAUGUGGGGUGUGUCAAUUUAUCUCUGUGGAUUGCCAUGUGAUAUAUUUGACUCUUUGACAGUUAUUUAUUAUCAAGUUGGUUGUAUGAUAGGUAAGCUGGUACCACUGCAUUAUACAGUUACCUUCUUUGCUCUUGAAAGAUAUCUGUUAUUAUAUAAGCAAUGUAAAAAUAUGUAAGAAAGAAAUACAAAUAGAAUGAAAAACCCACUCUAAUCUCACCAUGCAGAAUUAACUACUGUGUUUCAUUCAUUCUAUAAACUACCUUUCCUUUCAAACUUUAUUAAUGUUACUAAAAGUCAAAGAAUAUCUAAAAGUAAUAAAUCAUGUAAUAACAGUUUGAAGGUACAUAGUCCCAUAGUCAUGUCCCCAUGUUCAUAUUCUUGCAAAAGAAGAAAGUGGAAAAGUUUUAUGUUCCUAAUCUAUUAUCAAACAUAAAUGGGUCUUCCACCAAAGUAAAUUUAAAUUGGAUGAGAGGUAAAUCAUGAGAGGUUGGUUUUAACGUCAUUUUUUUAUAUACAAAGCAGGUAACAACUAUCAUCAUAUUCUCAUCCUCCCCAAGACAUCCUUAAAUUAUUGAUAUUUUCAAAGAAAAACAACAGGACUGAUUUGAUACUGGUGAUGUAUCUCUUAAUACCAAAGGAAAACUAAAACAUAAAUUAAACCCAGCAAAUUAAAGUUUCAUUUUAAUUUGAAGUUUUUAAGAACAUUAUACAAGGCAUUUAUUUGUCUUGUAUUGAAUUGUUAGAUAAUCAAAAGUAAUUCAAGGAUUGAUUAAGAAAGUUUGAAUAUCUAAUAUAAACUUCAAAUUUGCCAUACAGCUUUUAUUCCAAAUGUGUUGAUAAAUUGGAUAUUUCUCAACCGUACCUAGUUUUUAUAAAAAGCCAUUAAACCAAGAGAAACCAAAAAAUCUAAUUAAAGCUAUUUUCUGGGGUCAUUUGUAGUUUUAAUUUCUCCUACAGUGGUAAUUAAAACUGAUGAACAUUCACACAGUUUUUGGGUGGGGUGGGGUUGUAAGGGAAGCAAUGUGCUUGGGUUGACUAUAAUUAAAAACAGUAUUUCAGCUCUCAUUUCACUAUUUUAUGUGUAGACAGGGCCUUGGGAUAAGGUGUGAUGUAAAUAAUUAGGAUAUUCACAUUUUAAUGUGAAGCAUACUCAUUGCAAAGCAUUUUCUAGGUUUAAGGAUGUUACAUAAGUUUGGUUUUUAGGUUAGUUUAUAUAGUCAAGGCAUAGUAGAGAAUCCUAUAGGUUAUUUAUUUUCUGCAGUGUUACUAGGUCACAUGGUUGAUACUGUGAUGUUCUUUUUCUAUUCAUUGUUCUAGUCAGUACACAACUCUUACUGAUUUUUAAAAGUAAUUAUGCUAUAAAGCCUUAUAAAUGUGUAUUUGUAUUAACUAUUUCAGUCAUCUAAAUGUCAUAUAUUUCAAGUUUGUUUUCUAUUGCUCUCAAUAUUAAGGAAAACCAUAAAGUCAUCUAUUGUACAUUUACUGUUAAUAGUCUGGUUAGUUUUAAAUUCAUUGUUUUUAGACACUUUUAAAAACUUUUAGUAUGGGAACUUCAUCUGAAGACCUUUUAUACAGUUCUUUACUAUUCUUGUACUUAGUCAUUUUAAUGUUUUAGUAUUUAAGGUUAAAGUUUCUUCAAAAUAUCUUGUCAGAAACUGGGUUAUGAUUUUAUACAUUGUAAUAUUUAAUUUCCAUAUUAUGAAUAAGCCAUUAUUUGGGUCAAGUAAAAAGCUUUCAUUUGAUUACUAACCUGAGAAUUCACUUUGGCUUCUACUUUAUGCCAAACUUGUAAUAAUUUUUUCCCUAAAUUUGUGGAAGCUAUUGGAACUCAGUGCUGAAUGCUAAGUAAAGGAGAUUAUAAUAGGUAAGUUUUCUCCAUGACUUCGCCUUUAGUAUUUAGUCAUUAUAAGAAAAUGAUUAAAACAAAAAUUCUAUUUAUAUGUAAUUCUUUGAUAUAGGGAUUAUCACAUUCUUCAUCAUUUUACAAUAAGCUAUUAAACUAGUGUUUAUGCUUUAAGCAAUGCAAUACAAAGUUUUAUGCUUCAAGUAAUGCAAUACAAAGUAGAACACAUUGAAUAAUGGAUUACUUGAAUGUAUAUGUAGUUUAGAAGAAUUUGGAUUGCUUUGAAAAGAUCCAAUUUUCAAGUUCUCAUUUAGACUGUUAUCUUUUCCAAUUGCCAAACAUAUUCCAAUACCUACUGUAUGCCAGAUAUUAUGCUAGGUGAUAGUUGAUGUGGCAGCCUAUUCUCCCCUCCCCCUUUUUUGACUUCAGAUGUAACCAGAAAACAUGAUACUUAUAAUGACGUUUCCUAAAUAAAUAUGUUCAUGCUACUAAAUGUGAAGUGCUUAUAUGAACUAAGUUAAAUAACUUGUUAGGAUUUAUUGAGGUUAAGAUUCUGACAAUACUAAAUAGAUACAAGUCUUUUUCAUAUUUGUGAGAUCUUGUAAGCAGUUGUUGGCUAACACCUGAGAACCUCUCUUGAAUGAGCCAUUCUGAGACAUUCUGUGUUAAAACCUAUUCCCUAAUGUAAAAAAAUUGUUUGCCAGAAUAAAUUAUUUAAGCCAAAAAUCUGCAUAGGUAUAGCCAGUUAGUUAAAAGUCUACAGUAAAUUAUUAGGUUAACACUUUGAAGCCAUAGUUUGAUUCUUGCUGAUUCUAAGAAUGCAUAACAAAUUCCUCUCUCAAUCUCAGCCUUACAGGUUCUAUUUGUCUACUGCCACUAUUUUGUGGGAUAUAUUUUUUUAUACUUUUUUUGCCCACCUGUGCACUCCUUGGUCAGAACAGUUUUUAUCAUUUCAUAUGUAUAUACUGUAUAUAGAUGUUAAACAUUGUCUUAAUGUUUUGUAUUAAUAUGACUCACAGUCUGAGGAAGAAGUCUGUGAUAGAACUGAAAUGGUUAGCUGAUAGAUUUGCAUUUGAAAAUGAAAGUACCCAGAUGAACAAGAUUGGGCUCUCCGAUAUUGGAAGAUGAUAAAAAGUGUAUGUUUUACUUUCCAUGAAGACAAACGAUGAAGUAGAACUUUCCCCUAGGGCAGGAAUUGUCAUUUCUGUUUAAUUAACAGUACACUUAGAUCAUUGGUGAUUCCUUCAAAAUAAUACUGAAGAAAACAGUAAAUACUCCCAACAGUAAAUUUCUUAGUGAUUAUGCCAAUUAGCUGUAAAAAUGAGAGAUGAUGCAAUUCUUAAAGGUAAAGAAUGUAGGUUCAUAACCUUUUAUCAACCUAUUUUUCCCACCCACCAGCCCCUGGUAGCCACUCUUGGUCUGUUUCCAUGAAUUUGGCACCUUUUCUUUUUUUUUUAGAUUCCCCAUAUAGUUCAUUUGAUGUAGUGACAACUUUCAGCUGUAAGAUGAAUAAGGUUUGAGACCUAAUAUAUAAUAUGGUGACUACAGUUGAUAACUAUUGUAUAAUUGAAAUUUGCUGAGUAGAUUUUAAAUAU